ACGAUAGAAAAAGAAAUAGCCAUGAUCGACCUCCUCCCACCCAUCGCACGUCCCGUCAGCCCCACCUCUCCCUGACCCCUCGCUCCCGAUCUCUUCUCUCUCCUGCCAAAUAGCAGAGGCACCGAGGAGGGGACUGCGCUUCGGUGCCUUGCACCGAAGGAGGAGGGGGUCACCUCGCUUGCUUCUGCUGAGUGCUGACGACGAUCAUGCCCAUCGCCACCCCCACUGCCUCCGCCGCAGCGGAUGCGGCGAGCAGAGCCGCGGGACACCGGGCGCGGCCACCCCUGCCGCCGUCGGAGGGACAGGAAGAGCAGUGCCACGGGAGCCGGCGAGGGCUCCGAGGAGAGCGCCCACCCGGAACCCGACCCCCGCCCCCAGGCGAGUUCCGGUUCCGCCGCCCCGUAAUCCGCUCGAGCCGCGCCAAACACCAUGGUUUAUUGCAGGUGGAGGUGGAGUACGUGAUGGAGAAGCCCGGCCUCAGCGCCGACCAUCCCCGCCUCCCUGCAUGUAUCUUCGUUGCCAUCCGUUGCACAUGCCCACCAUGCCGGCGAAGCUUCCGCGCUACCUGCAUAAACACAGAUCAACGCCUUAUUCCUGGAUUGGUUCUUGUGAUCACAAACCUGGAGACAUACAAGAUCGAUGAGGCAGACGUCGUUCAAUUUGAUGGAUUGCUGUUUCAUGAAGUUUACCAGGUUGGUGCUCAUGCCAUGGUGGUAUGCCAGCUGCUUGCAGCAUGCGUUAGCAAUCAACACCAGGACUCCAUAAAGACCCAAAGAGAGGCAGAGCAACAAUGAAGGUAUGUAUAUACCGAGCAUGUAGGGGCAGCCUGGAAGUUGCCGGCAUUCUUCAGGUUGCUCUUGAUGUCCACGUUGAGCAUAGGUAUCCUAAUAUGCUAUGCAUUUGAGUUCUAAUUACAAUCAUAAAUAGUUUGCCUUGCAGAACUAUCGAACUUCUUAAAUUAACAAGUUGACAACCUUUGAAUGUGUAGAACAGUAGUGAGGAGAUUGUUGUCGAGCUUACAAACCACUAUGCCCAGCAUGCACAUAUCUGAUUUCCUCUUCUAGACUGUCCAAACCACUAUGCCGAGCUUAGAAACCACUAUGCCUCCCAUGUAUAGCAUGUUGGCUUUUUUACAUCCAGAAAAAGACAGUCCAUACAACACCUAUGGUCAAUUAUUGUCAACGGAUGUUUGUUUUGUACACAACAUUUUCUAAAUUAAUGUCAAACUUCAACAGAUAUAUACUUCUAACAAAGUCAAACAUGCUACACGCAUAGCAUUUUCUUAGAUGGUAUAUAAGGUUUGAAUAAUAAUUGUGGGUUCUCACGUACUAUGUAUAAUGUAAGAGAAACUAUAUGGAUGAUAUAUCAUUAGAAAAAAUGAAAGAAUUAUGAUGGCUAUUAAUUUGCUCGAAAUGAUUACUCCACUACAAUGCUUCUCAUAGCUUUAUAGUUCUGUGAUGCAAGCAUAUGUGUUCUGGAGCCUUUUUUGCCAGGGAACUCUGAAGCAUGUAGUUGAAGUAAAUAUUGUAUAGUCAGAGACAAUCUUUGCAUAUUCAGGAGCAGACUGCACCGCAAGCUGCUGGUGCGAAAACAUAAUUGGCACCGUACAGCAGGCAAAGCUUCACUACAGAGUUCUGCAUAGGGAUAUGCGUUUUGCUGACCUUUUUUCAAUGAUGCAAAUAGAAUUUAAUACAUGUUCUCGUUGUGCCAACGAUUUAUGUGCUACACAUUGGUUUGUAAUUUUUUGUGCAUUUGGUAUGAAAUUCAUCACUCGCUUUUGAUUGCUUUUUUCCCAAUGAGAGGCCUUGCUAAUAGAUUGUCAUCUCUCAUUGUACUAUGAUUGUGAAAGAUGCAAUAUCUUUAGUCUUUACUGCAACGACAUCCUCCAACAAGGUGUAUCGAAUGCAUUCUAGGACCUCAGACACAAAGGUGGAUCCAUUAUUAUGAAGAUGAGCAAGUAGUUGAAUGUUUUGUAAAGAACAAAUUCCAGAACAGAAACAUGAUGAGAUGGUUCAAGCACGUCACAGCUCUAAUAAUCAUGGUACAACAGUAAUAUCUAAAUAUUUCACUUAUCUAAAAUGCUUGUCUUAUUUUACUUUUUAUUAGUCAAGCCCGAGCAACAUUUUUGCUACAUUGGGAUGUACUACUUCCGGUAAGUCUGUUAUUGGCUAUACAUGGGAGUUCAAAAAAAUACAGACUCCUUUCUUUCUUGCAUGAUUGUAGAUGGCUACCAAAUAGGAAAUUUUCCAACCUUCAGUAAAUAUAGAUGUAUUUUGUAUGGGCAGGUUUGAUGCAUGAUUGCAGAUGCGUGUAGGUUUCAGCUUCUGAAAGACAAGUGUACAUGUAUUACCAAUAAUUACUACUUCAUUUACAAAUGUCGCCUUUUGUGCGCAUGACAAGUGUGUUAUAAAUUAGUAUCAUGUUGCCUGCACAUUGAGCUUAUUAUUUUUCUUAAUAAUGUGGGAUAUUUUGUUUCUGGUCAAAAUCACCAUUGCUUGUUUUUCUCGUGAUUUGAUUGUGCUCUUUCAGAGCUAUGUAUCUAUGUAGAUGAACCUCUCAAUUUUCAGUUUACUUGAAGGGUAUAUUAUAUGUAAACUUCUCCGACACAAAUUGCCACAUAGACUACUUUAUUUUGGUAGUAACUGUCUUAUGUGCAUCCAUCAGAGCUAUUGCACAAUUCUGUCCCUGCUUAUGGCUUUUUCACACGUCUAUAUGUGUUGCUUCUUCUUUUAAUUUUUUUAAGACAUUGAUUCUUGUGUUUAAAGUCUUGAUGUGUGUAGAACUACUUCUGUAGUGAGCCGGCAUCUGGUGAGCCAGAGCGCAUCACGUCUUCUCACAGCAUGCCCCCAUCAGUGAAGGUGGUCGUCGAUUGAUAUCGAGCUUGACCAGUACUUCCAUAAUGUUGUUGCCUACUCUUGUUGGGUCAUUGAUCCAGACCCCAUCUAUGUGGGAAGCUGCUAUUUUUCAUACAUUUGUAAAGAGACGCUUGAUAGGAGAAAAUGAACACGAAGAGCAUGAGACAUUGGAUAUGCAUAACAGAAGAAAAGUUUGGUCAAAUGUCACCAUGUUCCUUUUCGCUAUCAGGUGCUGAGAACCUAAAUAAUGCACACAAGUUUACAUAUUCAGUGUGAUGGUAGUGUGUCGUCGUAGUUUUCUGUUAACCAGGCAUGUUCGUUGUCCUACUUAAUGUUCAUGUUAGUCCUAACUUAUCACAUCGUUCUCGAUCUUGAGUCAUGUGUGGAGUUUUGAUCUGCAACCAUACAAAAUCAGAAAGCAUGUCCUAGGUUCAAGGUAAUAUUGAUAAUUUGGAGGUGAUCAAAUCAUAUGAUUUUUGGGAACGAAUAUGAGUCUUGUGAACGAAGAUGACAGUCUUGAAAUCGAGCUGCCCCAUCACAAAGAAGUGCAAUUGAUGCAUCUGUUGCUAAGAUAUAUCCUCAAGUGAUACUCGUAUCAUGUUUGGCUCUUUAUGCUAUGAGCGGAAUUUAAAGAUUGAAUUAUAUAUAUUUGAUAUCACUAACAUACAUCUAUUUUUUCUUUUGACAGUGCAUUGUAUGUGGCAAGGAGGCGAUGAUGAGCCCAAGGCUGCCAAACCAAUACAGGAGCUCCAAAUAUGUGUCUCGGCGCGAAGGAUAUGGACCAUGGCCAUUGGAAUUUCAAGUAUGAGUCACAUGUAUUUUGUUUUAGUGGCACAUUGUAUAGUACAAGAAAGUAUAAUAAAAUCUUUUAUGGGAUGAGCACAUUAGUGGAGGGGUUGCAAGGAUGAUGGGAGACAAAAUAUCCCCUCCCCUUUCCCCUCCAUUGCGACUGACAAGGGGUGACGGUGUCAGCGGCCAACAAUGAUGGUGAGCAACAUGUAAAUUUGUUGUUGCGUGGCAGCGCACGGGCACUCAACUAGUAUUAAGCUAAUAGGUGGAUCUAAACUGAAACACAGUAAGUCUGCACUAGCUUGCAAAGUUUUUUUUAAUAUCAUUUAAAGAAAUGAAUUGCAAAACUAACACCGCAAAUGUUGUAUGGAAAAAAUGCUGACAUGAAUAUGAUUUAUGGGCUAGUUUGUUAUUGUCUGUUUAUACUGAAGUUAUGAAAACAGUUACACCUAGCAGUUUGUUUGUCAGUUCAAAUUGAAGUUACAAAACAUUAGUAUGAUAUGGACACUCUUUCUAUUUUUUUGAAAGAAUUUUCUAUUAGUUGUGAUGGAAAAGUUUCUUU